GAAACAUCAAAAAUGUGCAACGGAAAAUUUCAAAAGGAAAUAGAAAGCAAGGGCACCGCCCACCAGGAAGGACGACCACGAGGAGGACGCCGUUGGAGUAUGGAACUCAAGUGAGUUUCCCGAGGUUCCUUGCAUUUGCAGGGGCGGUUGCCAAGCAUGGCUACACUAUCGUGCUUGAUGAUGACAAUACUAUGAUUGAUGACAAUGGGUCCAACCCCUCAUGCCUUUGUAUUUGUUGUAUUUCCAUAACAUAGUUGACAUAUGUAACUUUUGAUUGGAUUUACUUUCAAAUUCGAUCAUAUGCCUCCCUUUUCACACUUUGCACAACGAAUACUUAGCAAUUUGUUCGGGAAUCCGACUUCUCUAUUUGUCUAGGGGAGGUAUCUAAUCUUUGGAAAAUCCCUAGUUUCCUUUCAUCCAUCUCUCCCUCCCUCCCUCAUCUCUGGUUUGUAUGUAAACAUUUUAAUGCAAUCGAUUUUCUUCGACAUAAUUUUAUUCUUUUGUCAAAAUCCCUUUUUGGAUUUUAUGGAAUAGUCGAUCGAUCGGCUGCUCUUCAGUAUAGAGCUGGUUUUGGAACCCUAAUUUGGAGGCUUAUCUCGUUUUUUAGAUAGAAAUUUUCUAGCUUUAAGGAUAAGCAGACCGUAGUCUUGAGUCAUGGCUACUGCCUCUUCUCCAACUAAUCCCUCCCCAGGGAGCAUCGCUGCCGCUGAUAUCAGCUCUCAAGUCACCAACUGUCCCAAGCCUAGGCGGUCAUUGUCAGCGCGUGGGGCUUCAUCCGCAUGGACUCAGAUUGUCCGCAGGUCUGAUUCUGAACCAGACCCCUUUGAGUCCGCUUCUGGAGCAAUCCUUCAGUCUCCACAUUCUCACCCCACUGCUAGUCUCACUCCUGACCAAUCCGGAAUGUCUUCUGAUUCCUCUCAUUCACAAGCUGCCGCGCCCACAUCUGGUAAUUCAUCAUCCCCGGAUGCUCCUGAAGGAGCUGAGGGAGAGAGCUCGGGGAAUGAUAAUGGGAGCGGGAGCAAUGCUGCUAAGAAACCAGUCUGGAAUAAACCUAGUGGUGCCAAAGAGGAGGUCGGUGUAGUUAUGGGUGCUCUUUCUUGGCCUGCUCUAUCGGAUUCUACCAAGGCUUCUGCACGAUCGGAUAUGCAUAGAGCUGUGUCUGAUGGCCUGCUUUCUGUAUCUCAGGGAACUGGUAUAACGUCAUCCUCAUCUCCACAUAAUCAUCUUCAUUCUAACAAUGGAAAUGCUAGUUCAACUCCAAAUCAUGCUCCAAACCGCCAGAGGUCUUUUAAGCGUGGUGGUGGAAAUUCUAGCAACACUGUGCAAGCUAAUGGAAGCCUCUUUCAGGUACAAGGUGAGGUCGGUGAAAUGGCCCCCCAAUAUGCUGAAAAGUCUGGUAAAUCUAGUGCAGAAUCUUCUUCUAAAGACAUUGUGAAUCGAGAUGAUGGACAGAGAGGAUUUGGAGCUCAAUCACAAGGUGGAAAUGUGAGUCAACACCCGCGAAACUCCAACAGAAGGGGUAAUGGGGGGACACGACCUCGUGGGGAUGGAUCCUAUAACCCUGUCCAUGGUGGUGCUCGUGAUCAUGAGCGCACUAAUCAGGAAUGGAAUCAUAAUAGGGGGUUUGGUGGGAGAGAUGCCCACAUCCCUCCACAAAGAUUUCCCUCUAGGCCCUUCAUUCGCGGACCUCCUACUCCUCCGCCAUUUAUUCCUCCGACCAUGCCCAUUCGACCAUUCAGCACCCCAAUUAUUUAUCCGGAGGUUGCAUCUCCUGUGUUUUAUGUACCAGGACUACAUCAAGAGUCAUUUAGAAUGCCAAUGUUUCCUAAUAUGCCACCUUAUUCAUAUCAUGCACCGGAUCCCCAGCUGUAUAGCAAAAUAGUAAAUCAGAUAGAUUAUUAUUUCAGUAAUGAUAAUUUAAUUAAAGAUGUGUUUUUGCGUGAAAACAUGGAUGAACAGGGGUGGGUUCCUAUUAAACUGAUAGCAGGCUUCAAAAGGGUUUCUAUGCUCACAGACAGUGUUCGAGCUAUAUCAGAAGCUUUACAAGCUUCAGGUGUUGUAGAAAUACAGGAUGGUAAAGUGAGGCGACGCGAUGACUGGAUGAAAUGGAUUGUGCCACAUUCUAUGCGAUAUUCGAGUCAUCAGGCUGUUUUACAAGACCCUAACAAGGUUUCGGUUAUGGGCCAUCUCAAGAGUGUUACAUUAGAUGAGGUGGCUUCAAAUGGCAGUGCAGAUGCAUGUGAUAGUAGAGGGUCUUCAUCUCAGCAGCAAUCUGGAAACAAAAUCAUAAGUGAGGGAGGACAGUCGGCACUUGCAGGAAACUCUAGUUAUAAAGACAUGUUUUGAACAAGAGCAAUCAGCUUGAUGGGCAGGGCCAAAGAAACUCGAUUUGAAAGUACAGGCAAAUCCGAAGCAUAUUGAAAAGAACAGCUGAAAAAUAUAAAAUAAAAAUGAAACAGUCCAGAGUUAGAUGAUGUUUAAAGCUGGUUUUUAUUUUAGCUUGUGGGAUGUAUAUUUUUUAUUUAAUUUAGGGGAAAAGUUUCUAAUCUCCUAAAAUUCUAUUGUUUGUGCCAUGGGGAGUUUUGAUUACAAUUGCCCCUUGGUGGGUUAUAUACUUCUAUACCUUACUCAACAAAUUUG